GUUUUGUUUUGGUCCGUUUUCUGUGACAGUAUUGAGGGAGAGGGACCUGUCACCUGUGGCUGUGAGGUGACCACUGAGGGAGGAUGUGAAGUAAUAAUCGACCUUUAACACAUUUUUAUCAGUCUUAUUACUGAUCUUCACCGUCUUGUUGUAUGCAUAGCCGAGAGAUAGCAGGUUGCUGAGGGAUGUUUAGGAAACCUCGUGACGAUAAACACACGAAAGACCCCUGGCGAAGUCGCGAACACUGCGUCGACUGUGGGGUACUAGGGAACUGGCGGGGAAUACUUGAUGGUGGCCUCUUGUGUGCUGUGGUCGGUCAGAGAAAUGUGAUGGGGCGCACAAGUCGUGUGGUUGUUGUUGGGGGCAAGGAGACUGGCAAGACCUCAAUUCUUGAAAGAGCAAUUUUUGCCAAUUCCACUGUGGAUAAGCAAUACAUCCCAACAGUGGAAGAUACGUAUGUUGGGAUUGUAGAGACAGAGCGCGGCACUCGAGAGAAGCUGCGCUUUUAUGACACGGCUGGCCUGGACGCCCGCAACCGUUCCCUUCCCCAACAUUAUCAUGCACUAGCUGAUGGCUACAUCAUCGUGUACUCCAUCAGUGAUAACCUUUCCUUUCAACUAUUAACAGAUAUAAAGAAGGACAUAGACCGACAUCGUGAUAAAAAAGAUGUACCAAUUAUUGUCUUGGGCAACAAGAGUGAUAUAGCAGCUACUAACCGUGCAGUCGACACAGCCACGGCAGAGCGAUGGGCCACUGCAGAAAAACUGCGACUGUGGGAAGUGAACGUUCAAGAUCGUACCCUUCUGCUGGAGCCCAUCAUGAACCUUGCUUCUCGCCUCAAUCCACAGCCAAGCAAAACAUCAUUUCCUCAGCUCACAAUGGGUCGCAAAAACAAAGACUAAUUAGAUAUACAGCACAUGUAUAGAUAGUUUAUGUAUAACUAUACAGCACAUGUAUAGAUAGUUUAUGUAUAACUAUACAGCACAUGUAUAGAUAGUUUAUGUAUAACUAUACAGCACAUGUAUAGAUAGUUUAUGUAUAACUAUACAGCACAUGUAUAGAUAGUUUAUGUAUAACUAUACAGCACAUGUAUAGAUAGUUUAUGUAUAACUAUACAGCACAUGUAUAGAUAGUUUAUGUAUAACUAUACAGCACAUGUAUAGAUAGUUUAUGUAUAACUAUACAGCACAUGUAUAGAUAGUUUAUGUAUACGUAACUCAAAACCAAAGAAAGAGAGAUAGAGACAGAUGUGGAGAUGUGUCUUCACGACCUACAGCAUAGUCUUGUCUCUACUCUCCUCUCCUUUUUCCAUGCAGAAAUAUUAUCUGCAUAUAAAGCACACACACACACACACACACACACACACACACACACACACACUCUCACUCUCUUAACUGUUACACUCCAGACUGUACCAAGUGGUACUGUAGUGUUAGAAUACGGGUACAGUAUAGAGGUUACCAUGGUAGACUUGUAAUUGUUGGUUUUUUUCUUAAAAAAAAUAAAUAAAUACAUUAUGUGUUAGUAGUGUAGUUAAUGAUAUAUAUUUAUAUAUUUUCUUUAGUAAUUUAUGAGCAGGUCCUUGUAGAAUCUGUUAAUGUACCAUUUAGUAAAUAAACAACAUUAACAAA